GGAGUCUCUUGAGAUAUAAAGGAGCCCUAAUCUCUCAUCGACAAGAAGGGAGGAGAGAUGUGCUGCUCAACUGUUUUUCUAUUGAUUAACCGCUUAUUGGUUCAUAAAUUUCUUGCAGACGCCUGAGUCUUGUGCUUCCCUCGUCCUUGAGAAUUCAUAAGCAGCUCGUCCCUGUACCGAAAUGCUCUCUUUACUAUUGAUCACUCUACUUCUGAAUCCAUUCCGACUAUGCGACGGUUCUCCAACCUUCCCAGACGCAUGCCAAAGGUGCAACGGUCCGCCAACCUUCCAAGAGGAAUACCGGGGCGGCUACGUGCCAAAGGUUAUCGAAACAAGGCAUGGGCUCCAGAUUGUAGCACCAGAUACUCCAUACGUGGCACUGGCAGGCCGAGACCAACUAUACUUCCUCGAUACCCGUUUAGAUCUUGAGACUGCAAAGCACGUGAAGGAGCAAAUCCAGAGGGCAAGCGUGGCGGGUGAGGACGAGUACAUCUUUAUAGAUGAGAUUUUGGCUACGGCCGAAGUAAAAAACUAUAAAACCGGCGAAACGACAUUCGUGUUCGAUCCUCUCUAUGCCAGGGUGCUAUUCGCAAGGGGAAUGAACAGGGGCAACCCGGAGCUGAAACUGCCCGAACCUGAGCCCGCCGGUGAUUGGUUGGUUACUUACGACCUCGACACGAUAUCGACGAAGAGGCCGUUAUCAUGAUCCGAUUAUGGCUGUCACAGAAAUGGAGAUACAGCAGACAAAUGGCAACUGUCGGCUCUGUCACUAUUAUAGGGUUGACAACGAGUGUGACCAACUGCUGAUCAAUGUCAUUGACUUGCGCGCGCGCGAGUCAACGGGAGGAUUCAUCUAUAUCCGCUAUUAAAUAGCAGAGUUGCAUAUUUUAGGAGGGAGUAAUCGUUUUAGUACGUUUGUUUUGACCUGAAUGAUAUACAAUAUGCCUUAGUUAUUGUUCUGUGUCAGUGAAACUAUUUUUGCCGCUUUUUCUUUUUAGCUUUACUCAAUAUUGUCAGGGAGAUCAAAGCCAUGCAGUAUAAAUACAGACAAACAUUCAGUUGUACACCUAGCAAUAGACGGGACAGUAGUGAACAAUAAGGUUGUUGC